AUGGCUGAGUGGCAUAUUUAUGCAUCUGGUCCAAACAAAGUGCUCAGUUCCAAGAAGUACUGGAUCGACAAUGGCACUUCUGGAGGCCGAAACAAUGUCAAAACAGCAAUUAAACAAGCAACAGACUACACGAAUAAAUCUGAUUUGCUGACAUACCUCGGUGCGUGGAUGCCGCAAGAUAACGAAAAUGGUUCGAUAACAGAGUCGGAAGCCAUCAACUUCGCACGGUUCUUUGUUGCCGAGCUGGGCAAAGUCAACAUACCAUGGUCUUUGAACGCCUUGGAUAACUGCUACAGCACUAAAAACAAGACAUGGUUGACAGGGGACCAGGAGAUCCAAAAGAGAAAAUUGAAUAUGUCCAUGAUUUUGGACAAUAUUCGUGAACUAAUGCCACAAAUUCUGAGAACAUACUGUAGACGAAUCUAGAUUAGCAAUCGUCUGCACAUCAAACGCAACUCGGAUAAUUUCAGUCACUACAACACGACUGUAACUAAAAUAAGGUCAAAUACAUUGAAAACCAAAUUCAGAGGAAACUAAUACUGUAUCCUUCUGUUCUGUGGUCUCUAGUUUGGUUAGAUCCUGUAUGGCAAUCCUCGUCAAUUACAAAAUCGGCAUCAUCGAUCAUUUGGGUUGAGAAACCAUGACAGAGCAUAGACCUGCUCUGACUGUGGGGUGCUGAACCGGAUGGAUAAAGUACCCACUCGUUAUGAGAUUUUCGUUAUUUUUGUUUAGAUUCCUUUCGCAUUAAAUUGCAUAUGAAUAAGAAAGGGAUCAGUUUUCAUCCAAUGCUUCACUUGAGAUGGUCGAUUUUAGCUCCACUACUCAGUAUGCAAAAUAAACAGAAAAACUAUUACGUUUAUUUGGCAGUUUGGGCCGAGCCCCCGGCACCUUAUUACAUAUGAUUACACUACCGUACCAUACAGAGCCGGGAACUUUGACAACGUUGUAGCAUGUUACAACUUUAGAUCUUACAGUUCUAUGCGAGUGAAAAGAGUAACACUGUAAAAGAAAGAGUAGUGCUAAGCGACAGAAAUAGUUAUUGCCUCAACGAAGGCUAGAAAAAAACCUGCCGGAAAAAUCCUCUAGGAACCAUGGCUCACGCUCUGAAUUACCCAUUCCACGAAGGCCACACUGCUAAAACAGAAAUGAAAGCAUUUACUACUACGUACACUAUGGUCUAGAGUGGUCUCUCACGUGACAAACCUGUCUUACCUAACUCUCAUCAUAUCCCAUGAUGCACUGACCAGGCACGGUUUGUAGUAUUGGUUCAAUACAAACUGGCUCAAGCCGAAUGAGAAUUGGACUCACAAUGACCCUCUAAGGUACUCUAAGAAGAAAGUUACAGACGUCUGCGAGAAACGGUUUACUAACUUACGAGCUAGAUGCAGGGCAGAUUUGUACCAUACAACUACUCCGCCCUCAACUUUACAUGGUUUCUUGACAAACUGA